GCCAGUGUGCCCCGCCCGCCCGCCGGCCACCCCCGGGCAGCUCCCUGGGCACUCCCUGGGCGGGCGGAAGCCCUGUUAGUGCUCUGGCCUCCCCGAGCGCUCAAAGCCCCAGUGCAGCCUGCGUUGGUUAUGGUGCCCGGCUGCGGCGCUGGGCGGGGCAGCGCCGAGACCUUUCCGACCUUUUCUGGGGGGAGCUUAGCUCUCCCCGCCUACAGCCUCCGCCUGGAGGGUGCUGAGGACGGGCGGGUCCCUAGCACAGGCCUUGAGCCCCAGAAGUGAUCGGCUAUUUUUGCUGCGCCAACGCAGUGGCGGGAGGCUGCGCUCACACCUGGCCUGAUCCUGCCUGACAAUGUCCCCGCUGGUUGCCUUGGUGUCAGGGCCCCAUGCCCGGCUCUUUGCCUGCUUCCUCAGGCUGGGCUCUCAGCAGGCCAGCCCCCUUCAGCUGCACACUGGGUCCAGCUGCUCAGCCAAGAACUACUAUGAGGUGCUGGUGCUGGGUGGGGGUAGUGGUGGGAUCACCAUGGCCGCCCGUGUGAAGAGGAAGGUGGGUGCAGAGAACGUGGCCAUUGUUGAGCCCAGUGAGAGACAUUUCUAUCAGCCAAUCUGGACGCUGGUGGGUGCUGGUGCCAAACCGCUGUCCUUAUCUGGUCGUCCCACAGCGAGUGUGAUUCCAUCUGGGGUAGAAUGGAUCAAAGAUAGAGUGGUUGAGCUGAACCCAGACAAGAACUGCAUCUACACAGACAACGGCAAGCAGAUCUCCUACAAAUAUCUUAUUAUUGCUCUUGGAAUCCAGUUGGACUAUGAGAAGAUUAAAGGCCUGCCUGAAGGUUUUGCUCAUCCCAAAAUAGGAUCUAAUUAUUCAGUGAAGACUGUGGAGAAGACAUGGAGGGCUCUGCAGGACUUCAAGGAGGGCAAUGCCAUCUUCACCUUCCCAAAUACUCCUGUGAAGUGUGCUGGUGCCCCCCAGAAGAUCAUGUACUUGUCAGAAGCCCAUUUCAGGAAGGUAUGCUUCCUCCCAGGGGCAGAGAUGUGGGGGCAAUGUUUACGUGUUUUGAGAUAUGGAAUGCUUCACGUCACACCACCGAUGAGUCCACCAGAUGUCCUCAAGACCAGUCCUGUGGCUGAUGCUGCUGGCUGGGUGGAUGUGGAUAAAGAAACUCUGCAGCACAAGAAGUACCCAAACGUGUUUGGGAUUGGGGACUGCACCAACCUUCCCACAUCAAAGACGGCCGCUGCUGUCGCUGCCCAGUCAGGGAUACUUGAUAGAACAAUUUCUCUGAUUAUGAAGAAUCAGACACCAGUGAAGAAGUAUGAUGGCUACACGUCGUGUCCACUGGUGACCGGCUACAACCGUGUGAUUCUUGCGGAGUUUGACUACAAAGCUCAGCCCCUAGAAACCUUCCCCUUUGAUCAGAGCAAAGAGCGACUUUCCAUGUACCUCAUGAAAGCUGACCUGAUGCCUUUCCUGUACUGGAAUAUGAUGCUAAGGUAA